AUGGCCGACGCCGCGGACGCGCUGCAGACAGCGCAAACGGGCGUGGACGUGCGACUAGAUGAGCGCAAGAUGUAUGUCGUCGAGUGGGCGGACGGCGCGGCCUUCGGCUUCACCGUCACGCCCGUGCAGUCGGACCGGGGCACUGUGCUGUGCCUUGCACGCCGCACUGCUAGCAGCGCCACCGCUGGACUGCAGGACGUCGUGCCGGGCGACAUGCUGAUCGCCAUUGGAGACGAGAAGGUCUACCAUUUGGGCGCGGGCAACGCCACCAAGCUGCUGCGCUCUGUGCAGAAGCCCGUACGACUCACACUGCAGCUAUCGCCCUACGGUUCGGCCGCCAAAGACCUCCCGGACCUCGCCCCCAACGAAUACACGUAUCUGUGGGAGUCUGGGCCGCUUGGAAUUGUCCUAACAACCGACCCGAAGAGUAAAUUGCCUCUAGUCAAGAGAUUCACGGGCAAAGCCGACAGCCCCGCGCUUGAGAGGGACGUGAACGUCGGAGAUGAGCUGGUGUACGUGAACCAGACGCCGACAUGCGACCACUCGAUCUCGGCCAUUAUCAACAUUAUCAAGGAGUUACCCAAGCCUAUUACAUUGCGGUUCAGGAAGCCUCUGGCGGAGGAGCUGCAAAUGGAGUUGCCAGAGUUGGGAGAAGGAGAAUACGACUUUUUGUGGGAGUACGGAUCUCUCGGGCUCGUGGUGGGCACCUCACCGGAGGGGCUGCCUUAUGUGCGGUCAUUUACGGGCAAGGGAACGUCAAAGCAACUCUCGCAAGUACAGGAGAACGACGAGAUUAUCCUGGUUAACACCAGAUCGGCUCAGGACUACGGCUUCCACGAGACCAUGCAGUACAUUAUGAACGUACCUAAGCCGGCAGUCAUUCGGUUCCGUCGGCCUCCGGCCAACAGAGCGAAGGCAAACUCGCCUCCCAAACUAAAGGAGAGUUCGUCGUUGCCGACCGCGCAAAUGGCAGCGAUGAGUAUCGCCGCACCACAGCGAUCGUCGUCACCUGUGCGCUCUGUGAGCAAUGCAGUUGCCCCACCGGCGCCAGUACGGAGCCACUCUGCGUCCCGUAGCAACUCGGCUGCCAGUGAAAACGAGACUCCUGGCUUGCUUGGAUACCGAAGUGCACGAAGCAACAGUUCCUUCACUAUGUCGCGUCACCAACACUCGAGCAAAUACCAGACUCAGCCGCAGCCUGUGCAGAUGACCGAAGACUUGACGUUCGGUCAAACCGCUUCAGGCCAGAGCUACGGAGACAAUGGGUAUCAGUCGCAAUCCCCGUAUCAGCCAGCGCCUUUGCAGCAACAACAGUCGUUCCAACAAACACAGCCGCAACAGCGUUAUCAGCAGUCGUCGUUCCAACAGAAUGCACCUCAAAUGGAGGAGGACGAGUUCUUUGAGAUCGACUCGAACGCGUACUACCAGAUCCAGUGGACGGACGGUCCGUUCGGCUUCACCGUGCGCGAGGCACAGUCGAAACAGGGCUCAGUGGUCCUUAUUACCAAACGCACCGGCAAGGCCACAUGUGCUGGUCUGCGUCGUGUGGCUGUGGGCGAUCUCCUGAUCAAGAUCGGAGACAAGGACGUCCGUCAGUUGGGCUUCGAGCGGUCGACUAUGCAUCUACGCAACGUCCCCAAGCCGGUGGUGCUGACGUUCCAAGCCAUCGAUUAG